AUGGAAUUAACUGCCCAAGAAAAGCGCGACUGGCUCUCCAUCCCAGCGCAGCCACUUUCUGACGAAUUCCUGGCCGAGAUUUUCCAUACCCAUCUCAAGAGUGAUAGCGGUCCAGUUCAAUCGGGAAAUAUCCGGGCAUACUUCGGCUUACCGAUUCAGGCUUCUGUACGUAUGAAAAAGACGGAAAUGGUGUUUACGGCGGAAACGCCGCUCGGGACGGAAUUUCCGGGGCGGGUGUCGAUGGACAAGACGAUGAAGCCUGGUGAGGGUGUUAAGCGGGAUUCAUAG